AUGAAAUUCGCGAUCGCAUUCACAGCCUGCCUGCUUCUGGCCAGCAGUUGCAGCGCCUUGUUUUCCAAGGGACAUAUCGAUUUCGAUUUACUGUUACGUCAUCAACACAUUGCCAUGCGAUCAUUGGUUUCCACAUAUGAUACGCCCAACGAUAUUGAAUUAGUGAACUUGUGUUUCAAUGGAUACUUGAAGGAUCAAGCAGCCGUUGUUGAUAGCUAUAAUAAAGAAUACAAUGGAUGUGUCGAUGUGGCCCAACGUCAGAAAGACAAGUUAACUGAAGAAAGCUCAGAGCAGCGUAAUGACUUGUUGUCUCGGAGCAACGAUGUGUGUCAAGCUCUGACGGUCUGCGAUGUUUACACUGACGGUCUGGAGUUCUUUGAAUGUUACAAUGGCGCAUCAAGUGACACAUACAAGGUCCUGUUCACUUUGAAUUCUGAUGCCAAUACUCAGUACACUAUUAUAAGCGCUGCUUACUUGGCUAUCGAAAGUGAUCUCAGUGUCUGUUUUGAUCAGGCACGCUUAAGCUAUGCGAAGGACAUGGACGUUGCCAAUGAGAAUUUGCAGACCUGUUUGGCUGGCGGUUCUUCGGAUACCACAGAAGAAACUACCACUGAAGAACCCACCACUGAAGAACCCACCACUGAAGAGCCCACCACUGAAGAGCCCACCACUGAAGAGCCCACCACUGAAGAGCCCACCACUGAAGAGCCCACCACUGAAGAGCCCACCACUGAACAGCCCACCACUGAACAGCCCACCACUGAAGAGCCCACCACUGAACAGCCCACCACUGAAGAGCCGACCACUGAAGAGCCCACCACUGAAGAACCCACCACUGAAGAACCCACAACUGAAGAACCCACCACUGAAGAACCCACCACUGAAGAGCCAACAACUGAAGAACCCACCACUGAAGAACCCACCACUGAAGAGCCGACCACUGAAGAGCCCACCACUGAAGAACCCACAACACCUGAGGAGACAGCACCUGAGGAAACAACGCCUGAGGAGAUAAUUCCUGAAGAAACUACUGAGAAAAGUCAAGAAGAGGAUGUGUUCAAAGCUCUGCCUUUGCUUCAAAAACAUAAUUGGCAACUGUUUAAGCGCCACUUUUAA